AUGAUGUGUACUUCUCAUGUCACUCCUUGCUGGGGCCUAUCAAGACGAGAUCCCGUCCUGAGGUGGGGCUCAAAUGAGGCUGUAGAGGCGUCGGGGCUUGACGGUCAUCUGGUUGCUGGGCCUCGAGCUCUUAGCUUAACCAUAUUCCAACUAUCCCAUUUACCAUGGCAACGGCUCAGUAGUCACCGCGCCUUCGAAGCAUGCCAAUAG